AUGGCGGUAUUGAAUUCUAGAGAUAUCAAGUUCGUUUAUUCCGCUCGCCCUGAAACUCGUACUUUCAAGGUUGUGUUCAAUCUAACAAGCAAAUCAGGCGCAACUAUCGCUCUUAUACACUACCAAUUGACAGUGAUGAUAUACCGUCUAUUCAGGUCAAAAGCAUAUCCUCCUCAAUUAAAGAAAAGUGAUAAUUGUUGCUUUAGUAUUGACGAUUGCCAGCAAUCUUUUCAGGAAAAUUUAAAAGCUAUCAGUAUACACUUCUUUAUCAUGAGCUUGCCUGAACUUUACUUAACCAGAGUUGAAGAUAAGGCUAGUCAGCUUUCCCGUAGCCAAAAACAAAGGCUUGUAAUUGCCCAUGCGUUUAUCCGAAAACCUAGGGUUUUAUUACUUGAUGAAUCUUUAAUAACAUAG